CUCCCCCCCCCCCCCCCCCCCCCAAUUAUUCUGCAAAAACCAAAACGGGAACUAAAUGUUCUGAAAAAUGAGUAACUUGUUAUGGAAUUUUACCUGUUAGUGAAAGUCAAGAUAUUAUGAUCAACUUGUUUGUCAGUUAGAAUUGGUUCAAAUUAUCAAAGAUUUUUUUCUGAUGCCAACUGUCAAGUAGGUGUUGCUAUUAAUAUAGUUAUGUUUAAAUCAUGUAUGUGUGGGUCGACUUCAUAGGUUGAACACCUUUCAUUUUUUUAUUAUGGCAUUAGGUUAAUUGGUUAUUAAGAUGCAUGAUUGCUUCUGGAUAACCAUCAAACAUUGCUAUCAUAGACAUAAGGGAUCACUUCGUCUUGAAAUUCAGUUUCACCACAGUUGCAGCUUAAUCUUCUUCCCUUCUCUUGGAACUCUUGGAAAGUAUGCAAGCUGGGACAUUGGAGCCUGAAGUUGCAUUCCUCAAUGCUUUACUUAUUCCAGAUAUUUUCCCUGUUCUAGCAGCUGCACACAAGACACUUGUAGCCAAGUCACGGGACUCUUUGACCACACAUACUCUUCAUUCAGAGCUCGUUUUCAACUACUCAGGGUCCAAGCAUAUUACUGAAUCUUUGAAAAGAUGUGGCAUCUCUGACACCACAACUUAUAUCCUUGCUGCACGAUUUGAUGCUACUCCUGAUGAGAUAAAGGCCAUAGAGAAGCUCAUUAAUGGAAAAGAGAUUGACCUAGAGGAGCUGGAAGGAAGAGCAACUCAAUCCAUGAUACAAAAGCAUUACAAGAUAUCUGCCUCGGAACUUGGAUUAUCAUCACUUGCAGAUGCAAUAACUUGCCGAAUAGCAGCUCGUGAUGCCUUGUGAGAAGAAUGAUUAUGAUUUGUGAUCUGCUUGUAUACUACCAGUUUUAUUAUCUCUCCCUGAUCUACCGUAGAAUAAUAUGUCAUGGAAAUUAAAAGAAAGCUUUUAGCCCCCAUCCUGUACUUUAUCUUAUCAAACUUUCUAUUUUUUUUUGUUUUUUUUUUUUAA